UUUUAUUUGUUGUUUUAAAAGCAAGGUUGCUACUGUCCGUGCCAGUGCACUCGCGCGAGUAGAUCGACCCGGUCGCUAGUACUCGCAUCUGUAGUAUUUAGAUAGUCCGCGGACUUUGAAAUAUUGCAGUGUUUUGUGUACAUUCCAGCUUGGAAAAAGGGGAAUUGGGAUCGAAACGCACAUAAAUCAAUGCACUAACGAAACGCAAGCAAGAUGGCGCCCCAAGAGCGAACUUCGCGCUGCGAGGAGGAUUCCCGCCAAACACACGCCAUAGACAACCUGUCAAACAUAGACCUGGGCUUCGUGAACAAGGGCUACCAACCUGACAGCGACAAACCCGCAAAGAAUGUUGCCAGCCCGAAAAAAGAGAAAAAGGCAACAGAUUUCGACGAUUUACUGCCAUAUGUGGGGGAAUUCGGGUUGUAUCAGAAGAUUUUGUUUUUGCUGAUGAUACCGUUCGCGUUUUUCGUGGCGUUUGUGUAUUUUUCGCAAAUCUUUAUGACGCUGGUGCCAGAGCAGCAUUGGUGCUGGGUGCCGGAACUGGCGAACCUAACUGUUGAGGAGAGACGAGCCCUCGCCAUCCCCCCCACAGCCGACGGCCCCUUCUCCCACGACCGGUGCCGCAUGUACUCGACCAACUGGACGAAGGCGCUGGCCCAGGGCCGGACAACGCCCGACGACGAGUGGCCUAUAGUCCCGUGUACCAAAUGGGAGUACAACAGGAGCGACGUGCCGUAUGACACUAUUGCUAGUCAGCUGGACUGGGUGUGCGAGAAGGACAACCUAGUGGCGACGUCUCAGGCCAUCUUCUUCUGCGGAGCCAUAGUGGGGGGACUACUGUUUGGCUGGAUCGCAGACAAAUAUGGAAGAAUACCAGCUUUAGUAGGCACCAAUCUGAUCGGCUUCGCGGCUGGCGUCGGAACUGCCUUCAGCCAUAGCUUCUGGACCUUUUCUAUCUGCCGGUUCCUUGUGGGCUUCGCUUUCGACAACUGUUUCACCAUGAUGUACAUUCUGGUUCUCGAGUACGUGGGCCCAAAAUGGCGUACGUUCGUAGCCAACAUGUCCAUCGCUCUAUUCUUCACGUUGGCCGCGUCUCUGCUGCCGUGGAUAGCGCUGCUGGCAGAUGACUGGAGGACGUUCGCGUUGGCGACAAGUGCGCCUUUCAUCAUGGCCGCCGCCACGCCCUGGCUGGUGCCCGAGAGUGCCAGAUGGCUGGUGUCACAAGGAAAGAUCGAGAAGGCCCUGACCAUCAUGAAGAAGUUUGAGAGGAUCAACAAAACGAAGAUCCCGGAAAAGGUUCUUAGUGAUUUCACGGAAUCAUCUCUAAAAACCAUUAAAGAAAACGAGGCCGAAAACCGGACAUACUCCGUCCUCGACCUCUUCCGUACCCCCCGUCUGCGGCGCAACGCGAUACUACUCAUCGUCAUCUGGAUGGCUAUAUCGCUAGUCUUCGACGGCCACGUCAGGAACGUGGGCUCUUUAGGCCUCGAUGUGUUCUUAACGUUCACUGUGGCCUCGGCUACUGAGUUGCCGGCUGAUACGUUCCUCACUGCUGUCCUGGACAGAUGGGGCAGGAGAUGGCUCGCCUGCGGUUCCAUGGUGGUCAGUGGCGUGUUCAGUUUACUGGCCACAGCUGUACCAGUUGGUGGGCCCUCGGCCUCUCUAGCCAUCCUCGGGCGCUUCGCCGUGAACAUCUCUUACAAUAUCGGCCUCCAGUACGCCGCUGAACUACUGCCUACUGUCGUGAGGGCGCAGGGCGUAGCUCUCAUCCAUAUCAUGGGCUAUGUCGCCAGUAUAGUGGCUCCCUUCGUUGUAUAUCUGGCCACCGUCUCCCAGGAGCUUCCGCUCCUGAUCCUGGGUGUCCUGGGCAUCGUCGGCGGCCUCCUCUGCCUGUUCCUCCCAGAGACCAUGGACACGGAGAUGCCUCAGACCCUCCAGGAUGGAGAGGACUUCGGCAAAGACCAAAAGUUUUGGGACAAUCCUUGCUUCAGCAGAAAAAAUCCCGAUGACGAAGAAAACCCGGGCCGGUACAUCAAACGGAACUCUGUCUCCAACCAGCCCCAAGAGUUCGUGAGAGCCAUUCCUUCCAUCGGCUCCAGGGCAUCCAUUAGGGCAUCUAUUAGGGCCUCUGUAAGAUCUAGGAGACAGGAGAACGGGGUCUGAGGUUAAUAUUGAUAUUUGAUAGUUUUGGU